UUUUCCAAUUCCCUCGGUUUCAUCAGCUGGAUUGAACUACAACAACCCAUUCAGAACCAACCAACUUGCCAACCACUUCAAUCGGAAACACGAACGGAACUGGAAAACUUCAACUCCGAACCCGAUACAUACCGAGAUGGUCAUCAUCGACGGUAAAAAAUUCGCUUGUGGAGUAUGCAUCAAAGGUCAUCGAUCGACUAGCUGUUCUCACACCGAUCGGACUUUGGUAGAAAUCGGUAAAAAAGGCAGGCCACCCACUCAGUGUGCUCAUUGCAGAGAGUUGCGGAAGACCAGCAGGGUGCAUUCGAAGUGCAUGUGCGGCGACAGGCCAACCCAGACCACGCGUCCAAUGAGGAUACUACCGAACGGUACAAAAAGUCUACUCGAGCAAGAUGAAGUAGACACCACCCAACUAGUCAACCAGAUCCUCAAUCCAUGUACAUGUUCGACCGGUGGUAAAUGCUGCUGUGCAGCUCCAGCACAUCCAACAGUUGGCACCAGGGCUAAGAAUCCCAAGAAGAAAAUCAAUCACGGCGAUACCCCGAGUGGAAAAAUCAAUGCUGAACAACCAGUUGAUGGUCCGCUGAUCCAGUCAUCCUCAAGAUCAAGUUGCUGUGCCGGUUCAACUUCCACUGAGCCUGUUAGCAUUGACAGUCAGAGUGGCCCCAGUCGUUCAUUCCCAUCAACAGUUGCCACCACAUUUCACCCUUACACGACCAGCAAUACCUUCCCGUUACCAUCAAUCGCUCCUGUCUCUCAAGGCCAUCCAAAUACCGUCACCGAUUCCACAUUCAACCCCAAUGUCACCCAACAUCCCUCAACUUUUGAGUCCUCAUCUUUCAGUACCCAACCAGCUUUAUUUACUCCCCGAACAGCUGGGACUGCCCUCUGCUUUUGUGGUAUCCAUUGCCCUUGUCCAGGUUGUGUUUUACAUGAUCCUUUGGGAUUGAAGUUCCAAACUGGUUCAGAGGUACAAUGUCCUACAAGUAUGAGAAACUCGGAAGGAUGUAUUGCUGGACUGGACUUACCCACUGUCAAUGGCCUCUUAAACCUUUCACCCAUCUCGGAGAGUUUCCCCAAAAUGGGAUCCUCAUCAUCAGCCGACCCCGCAAUCCUUCCGCAAUCCUUGCCACCAUCGCAAAUGCAAAUCCCUGGCGUUAGUGAAACCUUUGGAAUCCCUUCUACCUCUACAGAAGCUUCGUUUUCUUUGUUUGAGCAGAGCUUCAACGCAAUCUCCGACGAUCAACGGUAUCUUCAAACUUCUGUACCAACUUCGAGCGUAUCUGGCUGCUGUAAUGUUCGUCCCCAGAGCAUUGAGACCAACAUCAAUUUGGUUGGCGGCUAUGCCAUGGGUGGGCAGCCCGGCGAGACUUCUCAAGGCCCCCCUCAUUCACAAUCUCGUCUUGGCGGCUGUUGUAAUAAUCAAAGCACAGUCUCACUCAUCACUAAUCCCGGUAACCGGGCUGGGUGUUGCGGUGGAAGUAGCGGCGCAGAUGGACGAUCAGAGUCUCAUCACUCACAGGGAUCAAUCGGCGGAUGUUGCGGAUCGAGGGCAGGCAGCUCUUCUCAGUCGGAUCAAGGCCCCGGUAUGGCAAGUAGUCUCGGAAGUUGCGGUUCUUCUCAAGCUCUUCCUACAGAUUUUGAACUAUCGCAAUACGCUGGUCGCAGUCGAAACUUUAGCCUGUCCUCCUCCUCUACGCAUUCUAGUUAUCUCUCCAACGAAGCUCUCGAUCUGCCCUCUCUUUCGUUCAAUCAAGUCAAUCUUCUCCAAGAUCAAGUCAUCUAACUAGCUCUCGUCACUGCCCCCACUUAUUUGCUUAUCUUCCUCCAUCAGACAGAAACUAAAAUUUGAAAAAGCUGCAAUAAUUUCAAAACUUUUCUGAAAGGAAAAUGUCAACAUUCCAAUAAAAAUGUUUCCUUAUCUACUCAGCUCUUGACUUUUCUCAUUGACACCCUUGACUUCUUUUUUAACAAAUUCUUUGAGUAGAGAUUGUUAUCUGCAAUCUACUACACUUACCCUUUGUUUCUUCUUAUUCUUUAUCUUAGUUCAAAUGUACUGGAUUGAUGUUGUUGUUGUCUUGAUCACCAUUUGUCUUGUAAUAUAAUUUAACACAAGGAUUAAAUACCAUGUUGUCAUUGUCGUUGUUGGAGGUUGUUUCUUAUUUUUAUUCUUUGGAAGGUGGAACUUUUUUGUUUGUUUGUUUGUUUGUUUGUUUG